GGAUUUUUUAAAGUUUUGCCUUUUUCUGGUAACACUUUCUUUCAGCUUGAGAAAACAACUCAUAUAUGGACAGGAAAUCCUUUUGUGUUUGGUGAGCAAUGUAGAAUUAAGCAUUUGCCAACACAGCAGUACAUCAGUGUUAAGGAUACUUUAGAUGGAUCGAAACUUGUUGUUGAAGGUAUAAAUGAAGCCAAUGGAGCUGAGUUAUUCAAAAUAUUGUCAACUAAUAUUGCUCCACAAGAGGAAGUUUGCAUUAGAGAUCAAGUUGUUUUUCAGCAUGUCAAUAGUCAAAAGUUUUUAGGAGUCAAUGUGAAACCAAUUCUAAAAAAAAGACAUUUAUCUCAGCAAGACCACCUUAGUCAAUGGUUUAACCUUAUGCUUGAUGAUAAAGAAGAUGAUAGUACCCCGAUACCUGUUACCAGCCAUUAUGAAAUACUUAAGGCUGAAGAAGGUGCGGUUUUAGAUAUUUAUCAUGUUACAGGAUUGAGUUCAUGUUUGUGUUACCAUUUAAAGAGGGUCUCCUUAUUUACUACUGAAGAUGAGUUGGAUGCAAAAAGAGCAUUACAACUCUCAUCACUUUAUCAAGAUGUGAUGACCCAAAUGAUAGGAUUAAAAGUUGCUUUUAAUGCUUCUUCAAACAAGAAAAGACUUGCAAACAUGUUAAGGACCUUACAAACUAUUGAUGCUAUGAUUGCAUUAUUGCUGAAAAUAGCUUCUGGAACUAGUAGUCCAUUGAAGCAUGAGGUUUGCUGUAGUAUUUGUUCUGCCCUUGAGGAGUAUGUGGAAAAUUCCAACAUCAAAUCUCGUCACUAUCUUGCUAAAAAUGAAUUGUUAAAAUCACUAAUGACUACGGUCGGCAAAGAAUUUGGUACUGAAAAAAUUCUCAUCACCUUAUCAAAAGAUGAUGUGGAAAUAGGUGACCUAUUGCAGAAGUCCAUUAUUUCAUUUAUUGAGACAUUAAAUACAGAGGAUCCUAAGGUUGCUGAAUUGAUGACCGCAUUGGUAUUUAGUGGAAGAAAAUUCAACAAAGAAAUUCAAAGUAAAAUUUAUGAAAGGACACUUGCAACUGGAAUGGUUCAUAACCAUAAUGCUAAUAGUAACGUACAACAAAUACUUGCUGGAUAUGUAGAAACAGUUGGCAGUUACUUUGAAAAAUUUGGCAUCAAUAUUAAAGGAAGAUCAUUCACUUAUAGUUACCACGAAUUAUUAGUAAACCCAAAUGAAAAAAUUGAAUUCAUUAUUGAUGAUGAACAGAAAAAUGUAAUAUUUUUAAUGAAAAAGUCUUUGCAUGAGUUUUUGUCGACAAAUGAGAUGCAUUUAUUAUAUACUGGAGAUGAAUACAAAGGAAGAAAUUCUAUUAUAGCACAAGUACUUGGUAUUUUGGUUUUUCUUGUUGACUUUGGAGUUUACAAUACUGAUGAUGAAGUGUUAAAAAUUAUCAAUAUUUUAAUAAGUAUUAUUGAUAGUAAAAGUGAUGUAGAUUCUUCGGGGAAUGUGUUGGAAAAUAAUGAAAGGUGUAGUAGUGACACUCCUGGUAACAAAAUUAUUUUCAAAAUUAAGUUCUUGGCACUGCAGUCACUAAACUUACUUCUCCAGCAGCAUUUUCGUUCAUCCGUUAAGGCUCUUUUGUAUGACUUCAAACACAUAAGAGAAAAGCUGUGUUCAAAUGAAGAAGAAAUUAGUCCAGACACUGUUGAAGAAAAUGUAUCACAUAGUAUUGUAAGCUCAAGCGUCAGAAAAUUUUCUGAUGAUCAAGUUGAACUGCAAGAAAUUGCAAUACUGUCUAAGGAAGAGUCAGAAUUUAUUGAACCACCAAUAAGCAUGAAGGUACUUUUUGGUAGUAAAAACAAUCCUAAUGAAAAAUUGUGUGCUGAGUCACUUGCCAGGUUAAGAUUUAAUUUUAGAAGCCAAGUUUACUUGGUAUUUGAUAUUGAUUCUACAAACUGUCAAAAUUUGCCCUCUAUUCUGCUGGACCUUAUCAGUUAUGAUGACAGUGAUGUUUGCUUGCUGAGUGCAAAUAUUCUUUUUGAGGUUUUUGAAGUUGAAAAUAUACUGCUCUCUAAAGCUAAAGACGCUUAUUUUACUACUCCUGAUACAAAUCAAAAAAUUCAUGAAGAGAUGAAAAAAUUAUCGUCUAUGACAGAUUCUGAUCAACUUCUCAAACAAAUGUUGAGAAACCAGAUCCAGGAUAAGCAAAAAUUAUUAAAUAAGUUGGAUGAACUCUCAAAUUGUUUUGUUUCUUCUAAUGAUGAGUCUGAGCCUGAUUCUAGUAAUCAAGGAGUAGCAUACAGCUGUGGACUUUUUAACAUCUUAAUGGAAUUUGUGCUUGAAUAUGGAAAUUUAGAUCAAUCUCAGUGUCAUGAAGACGUUUUUAGUAGCUGUUUCACAGUUUUACAAAGGAUUACCAGAAAGAAUAUAAGAGCACAAAAUAAACUUUUUGAGUCUUUCAAUGAUUUUAUUGAAAUCAAAACUGCUGUUGCAUCUAUGACAUGUUUGCUCAGUGAAGUGUUUUCUAAUAAUCCUUCACUUUGUAAAAGACUAUCUGAAAAUGAUAUCAGGAAGUUAUUUUUUAUGUCCAUUAGGAGCAGUAAUCCUGAGCAUUAUGAAUUAACUGUCACACUGCAGACCAUUAUACAGAACACAGAGCCAGCCACUCCAUUGCAAGAGUAUAUAUCACAACUCUUUCUUCAUCACUGGCAGGACAAUUUAGGACACAUUUUAGGUCAAGAAAAUCAAGCUAUUAGAUUUCAACUUUUAGAAAAUGCUGAUGAUGAAGACCCUCACCUUCAAUUGUUAUUAAAUAUAACUGACUUAUUAGCAUCAUGUACUGUUGGAGAAUGCCAGUUUGCAGAACCUGUUUCACAACAUUUUUAUAACAUAGAUGAGCUCCUUUUAAUUCUUGCAAAUGAAAAGAUUGUGAGCCAUCACAAGUUGCCCUUUGUGAGACUUUUAACAUGGACAUUUUUAAAUACUGAGAGAGACUCAGCUUUAGCAUGCUCUCAGCUAGCAUCUAGCAGAAAUUUUUUGUUGCUCAUAGAGCAACAGAUUUCACAUAUUGAUAACAAGAUAUUGAAGGAGUUUCAUGCUUUAACAGCUGAGAAAAAGAAAGUCCUUCUAAUAAAGAUGAAGAAUUUGACUGAUUCAAACUUGAGUAUUAAGCAAUGGAUAAAAUACUCGGCUGAUAUUUCAGUUAAUCUCAGUAGUUUCCGGAGGCCGAUAGUCAUUAAAGUAAAGAAACUUAUUCUAAUACUAAGGAAUCUCAUUCAAAAACAAAGAAAGCAAGGUCUUCCAAUUUUAGAAAGAAUUAAUCUUGAAGGAGUUACAUCAAUAACUCUAAAACUUUUAUGCGGUGUGAUUUAUAAAAGAAUUACCAGAGUACCCAGGAGCACCCUGAAUCCUGAUGAAUUUCGACAGCAAUAUGAACAAGUUAUUCAACCAAUACAAACAAUUCUUCUUAAUAAUGAAAUAGUUGAAACAUUGAUUGAUUUACUUCAUCAUCCAAAAGAUGACAUAGCAUUUCAGGUUUUGGCUUGUCUUAAUGUUUUACUCUAUCCUGGAAAUGAAGAAGCUCAAAAAAGAAUAACUUUGCAUGUCAAUCAGCAAGACAAAAAUCUUUUUGUACGUGUCCAUCAAAUAUUAAGAAGAACUCAAUCUACUCUCAAUAAAGCAAAAAUGGGCCAAGCCAUGGCUCAAAUAGCAGCAUUGAUUCCAGCAGAGGAUGAUCAUGACUCAUCAUUGCCCAUUAAUUUAAUGAAAAGAAGAAAAACUCGUGUAUUUAAUAGAAGGCGAAGAGCAGCUAUAAAAGGGACUAAUGAAUGUGAUAAAGAAGCAAGAGGAAUAACUUCUGCUGUUGAACAAAAUGUAAAAGCUGAAUUUAUUGAUCAUCGUAUCACAAUGGCUGCCUUGAAUUUCCUCUCAUGGUUAUGUGAUGGGCAACAAAAAGACAUGCAAGACAUCCUUUGAGACGACAAAACGUUUAGUGGAUCUAAUAUUGUUAGUCAAGUUGCUUUUUUACUCCAUGGAAUCACUGAAAAUUUUAAUGAAAGCAAUGUAUCAGUUAUCCAGGAUGCAGUGAAAGCAUUGAUAGAAAUGUGUGCUGGUAAUUAUAGCAAUCAAGUGAUUGCUUUCAAAGGACAAGUCACACAGUCUGUUGAGACAAUAAUGCAAAAGGACUUUUCCAGUGCUGGUGCUACAGAUCGUUACAAACUCAAAUCUUCUUGCAUUGAAUUGCUGGAAGUUAUGCUAGAAGAAACAGAUGAAAAUUCUCCACAGCUAGCUCAAUGGAUAAUAAAUCACUGGAACAUAGCUACAUUUUUAAAGGCUAUGUUUGAAUUUUGGCAAGCAUAUUUAGGGCCUUUUAAUGUUUCUACUCGUGAACAACUACGAAACAGUGUGUUUCGUGCUUAUCAUGUACUUCGAAGAAUUUCUGAUUAUAAAGGAAUCAGUGUUGACGAAUUAGUGGGAUAUGAAAAACACUCUAAAAAAACUGAUCCUACAAGCUUUGAUAAAUUAUUUGAUGAAAGUGUAGAUGAUGCUAAAGGAAUGUGGCAACAUUGUCAAGAUUGGUCAAGAAGUAUUGAAGUUGUCUACAAAGCUAAGAGUGGUAAAAAAAUUCUGACCCGUACCUAUUUUCUAUAUGAACCCCAUAAACAUCUUGGUGAGAGUGAGAAAAAUACUAUAAUGCUACGCAUCAAAAGAAAUACACCUCAGGAAAAACUCUCUGAUCUUCUCAAAUGGACAGAAGCUAUUAGAUCUGCUCAGGAGUGGAAA